AUUUCUUCAGGAGCGUCUUACAGGCCUCACUUGGUUCUGUGAUGCCUGACAGCCAAUUCUUGGCCUCAGGGAAGGGUGUGAACCUUUCACGUGAUUAUGAUCGAAGGCAGCAUUGAUUCUAAUGUCUUCCGCUGAUUAUCAAUCCAAAGUUAAAGUAGCAAGGCCUUUCGACAUUAUCACACUAUCCUAGAGUCUACUGGAAUAUAGAGAAGUGGCCAAAACCUAUGGUGCAUUGAUAUCUCUUUGGGACGGGGACUCAUGCUGCCAUUUUGGACAGGCUUGUACUCGGGCGCCUAACAGAUAUUUCUCAUCUGCAGGGACAUAGAGAGAUAUAUGGAAUCAUUGUCAAAAGGCAUAUAUUCUCUUUGAGAGAGCUUGAGAACCCAAGCAGUAUCAUUUCCACACCCUGCUUUUCCAAUAUCCUCGUCCGAUUUUCUUCAAGUCGACUCGGUUUUCUUCACUGCCAUCGAUAUGCGCGAACUAGAUCCGUUGGUCUCCGAGUACCAACAUGACAAACACCGGCCCAGAGAAGCAGAGGCUUUGUUGAUGCUCCGGAAAAUCGCUUCCAUAGUCAAACCAAUUAUGCGCCAGAGGGCUUGGAGGGUAGGGACACUGUGUGAAUUCUACCCACAGCAACGAAACCUCCUGGGCUUGAAUGUCAACGCGGGCCAGAAAAUAUGUCUCCGUUUACGAUACCCUUCUGACGAGCGUCAAUUCCUACCGUUAGAGCAAGUAGUUGAUACGAUGCUGCACGAGCUCUGUCAUAUUGUGCAUGGACCACAUAAUCAGCAAUUUCACGCCUUAUGGAACCAGUUACGUGAUGAACACGAAGAGCUAGUCAUGAAAGGCUACACCGGAGAGGGUUUCCUCUCCCAAGGUAAACGCUUGGGUGGUCGGAACAUGCCAAUAGACGAGGCGCGCCGCGUAGCUAGAGCGGCUGCAGAGCGGAGACGGACCCUUGCAGCUGGAUCAGGGCAGCGGCUUGGCGGUGCCCCGGUAUUGCGGGGAACAGAUAUGCGCAGAGUCAUUGCUGAUGCCGCUCAGAGGCGUAUCGACGUGACCAAAGGUUGUGCCUCCGGGGCAGACAACAGCGUUGAGCUUGCAGAGGAAGCCUCUAGGAAUGGGUUUCGCACCAAAGCCGAAGAAGACGAUGCAAACGAACGGGCUAUCAUGGAAGCUUACAUCGACUUGAUACAAGAAGAAGAAAGGGAGAGAUAUGGGCCUUCUUACAUUCCUCCUUCCCAGGAAAUUCCUGCCGGGCCUCGGUCAGCUCGUUCUCCUCCUCCUAUACCAGAAAACACCAAACCUACUACCUCGGCUGAGCCGCGAGACCCAAUUGAUCUCACCUAUGACAAUGCCUCUUACGAACAACCUUGGACAUGUCCCACCUGCACUCUUGAGAACCCAGCCAACUUCCUGUGCUGUGAUGCUUGUGCCUCGGAACGCCCACGACCCUCAGCUACUAGAUCAUUAUCUGGACCGCCGACCACAGGACCUUGCAGCACAGACAAUCGCAACAAGAAGAAGCGCCCGAUAAGCCAAUCUGCCAGUCAGACUGUUCUCAAGAACCGAACUAGGGCCGUGGAAACCCUCGCUGCCCUUGACAGCAGUAUCGCCAAGCGACCCUUGGGCUGGAUCUGUCAAACAUGUGGCACAUUCAUGGAAACUGAAUGGUGGACUUGUUCAAACUGCGGAAUGAUGAAGCAGGACUCAUGAGUCAAUCGCACAUAUUGAUUUGAUGAACUGUAUGAUAUUAUGAUCUCUACGAUAAACGACUCCAUACUCAGAAUUCAAUGAUGUAGACUUCAAUCGACGAUAAACGUCAA